CCCCAUGUGUAAAAACGCGAUGUUUAGUUGUUUACCAAUAACGUGUGACGGCUGUUUGGCAUCUUUCGACUGGUUUAAAAACACCUUGUUAUUCCAUACUUAGGCCUACUUUCAAGACACUUGUAUCGUCCAGUGCACAGACCAUGAUGUUUAAACUACUUGUUUCAUUGAAAACACUGUUAUUGAUAGUGCUGUUGUCUCUGACUCUGUCAACGUACGCGGCGGCAUACUUCUGGAAUAAUAUUGCUGAAUUGGCCGCACAUCCAAUAGCAGAUGUGAAGACUUUUGUGCAUGCAAUCGAUCAACCAAGGAGCAACAGUUUGCCUACAUUCUCCUGGAGUUCCUGUGGUGGUGAGAGUGAUUCGCUCGUCCUAAACAAACUUGAUGUUAAACCAGACCCGAUCCACAUUCCAGGCACUGCAAAAGUUGACUUUUCUGGCCUUGUUAGGGAAACUGCUUCUGGGCCAAUAAAGGCAGUUCUAACUAUAGAGAAGAAAGAGUUGAUUUGGCUCACAAUUCCCUGUGUUGACAAUGUAGGAUCAUGCACCUACAAUGACAUCUGCCCGAUGCUGCCCUCUAUCUGUGAUCAGAUCCCUGCAUUAAGGAAGUAUGGCAUACCCUGUACAUGCCCUAUUAGACCGGGAAAUUACCAAAUGCCUUUGACAGAUGUCAAAAUACCAGACGAAGGAAUUCCAAGUUUCUUGGAAAAUGGGAAGUACAAGGCACGAAUGGAACUCAGCAGAAGUGGGAAACAAAUUGCCUGCUAUGCUCUCCACUUCUCCUUGACAACAUAAAUGACUAGAUGUUUCCAAUACAAGCUAUUUCCCCCCAGUUUAUGUACUAUCUAUGUAGUGCUAUUGCAGUUACACAGAAGAAUGAGGUUAUGAUCAUACUGAUAUUUUGAAGGAUAAGCUGAGUAUGUCAAGUGUACAGUGCUGACUGCAGAUGGUAAUCUAUAUAGUCUAUAACUUACAUCAGUUUUGUUUAUUUACACAAUAAUCUGCCCUGACCUAUAUUCUGCCCUUUGCAUUUGACAGAUACAUUGAUAGACAAAUAGAUAACGCUUCGAGUGGGUGAACUCUUUACUUUCUUCAUUCCUCCACACGAUACAGCGUAAGAACUAAAAAUACAAACACAGGAGUCUUACGUCACCAAUAAAUGAAAAUGGUCUAACAAACAUACAUGCACUUGCGGAUUUAAAUAAACUGCACGUAAGAUCAGGCAUUACACAGUGGAUCACUGUUAGGCAAUACUGCGAACAUAUCUUUACUGCAUCUUGUUAUCAAAACUACAGUGCUAUAAUUUAUUAACUUACGUUGUGGCGACCUCCAGCAACACUCUAAAUUAUGAGAAACAACUUAGAAACGGCAUGUUUCACAAAUCGCGUGUUGGGAACGAAAAACGAGGCAGUAAUCUUCAAAAUGAAAACGAGGCUACCUAGCCACAAGCAUGUUUACUGUCAAUCAUCUCUUCUUUGAUGUAUAUUUUACUCCUGAAGCCAUUUGAUACAUUUACACAAUAGCCGUUUUCAACUUAAAAUUUUGUUGUUGUGUAUUAAUCAUAGUUGAUUUUUCCUUUUGUCCUCCCCGUAUUUCUCCCUGUAAUAUCCCACAGUGUUUUGCUACACAUUCAGUUAUUUUCCAUUGGUCUCUGAUACCAUAGCAGCUUGUUUCACGUUCAUUUUGCUAUAUAUAUAUAUAUAUAUAUAUGAUAUAAUAAUAUGUAAUCUGGUUCUAGGGAAACAGAAGAGUAACAUUUUCAUCAAAAAUGUAUGCAUGCUGCAUCAUAUUUUCCCAACCAACCAUAGUGUCUGAUCUUGAAGUAAGUCACUUUUCAAAUGAGCAUUGGUGAUUUUGAAUGUCCUUGCAGUCCUCACUUAACAUAUGUGUAUGUGUUAAUUGCUGUGCAGUUGCACAACUAUUUAGUGGGAUUGCGUUGUAUGUCUGGGAAUCUGUUGCCUUGGGUAUAAGAUAGUGUUGCCAUCAUUAUCCAGCUUCCAAUAAUGGCAGAUACUGUGUGGCUAUUGUUGCUGAAUCUUCUGCCAUUAAGCUGGUUGUGUGCGUCACGUCUAUAGGCAGGGCACUUCAGGCAGCGCAAAACUGCUGUUACCAGAACUGGGCUGGUGCAAAAAAUCUGAAUUUCAUUCCCCUGUAUAGGUAUAUCGUUUUGUUAAUUAGAAAUAUAUAGAGGGUUGUUUGUAAUCUAAUUAAUUUCAAAUCUGAAUGUUUACAGUUUAAUUUUUUAUUACUUUCAGUGUUGUAGGUCUCGAGACCGGCCUCGAGACCGUUU